AUGCCGUCAGGGAAUGUCCACCGGACAGAGAAGACAACCAGUAGGAUUGCGGUGGAGCAGCCGGCGUACACGACCUCCGGAUGUUGUCCCCACCGGUCCACUCGGCUGGGCGCUAGGAAGCGAACCCUUCGACUAAUGCUUCUCCCGCACGGGUUGAAAGCGUCCCGUCCGCUGCUGCUGGCGAGUUUGGUGUUGCUGAUGCUGCACCUGCCAGCAUCAGUCAACGCUCAGUCCAACCCACCCCAAACUUGUCCUCCGACAGCGGACAUUAAUCCGUGCCAAUGUCAGGUGAAAAAGAACGGGCUAGACAUACUCUGCGAGGCAACCGACGUUGGGCACAUAACGAAGGCUAUGAGUGCACUGAAAGGAAAGAACCCCAUUAUAUUUUACCUGAAGCUGCGCCACAACAAUCUGCCCAAGCUGCAAGGAUUCGUGUUUCUCUCGUUGGACAUCCGACAUUUAACCAUCCACAACAGCAGCUUGGCGGCCAUCGAGGAAACAUCGCUAAGCUCUUUAGGUCGGGGCUUAACACAGCUGGAUGUUUCCCAAAACCAGCUGAUGACGGUUCCCUCGAGUGCGCUGAAAAAUCUUCACCAUUUGCUGAUAUUAAAUUUGAACCACAACCGCAUCUCAGUACUCCACAAUCGGGCAUUUGAGGGUUUGGACACGCUGGAGAUACUGACGAUCUACGAAAAUAAAUUGUCUUCGAUAGAGCCAGAUGCGUUCCGUGGGUUGGAUAAGAAGCUGAAACGACUCAACUUGGGCGGUAAUGACCUCACCUCGGUGCCGCAAAAAGCGCUGGCCAUUUUGGAUAUGCUGCGAAAGCUGGAGUUGCAGGAAAAUCGUAUCAAAACCAUCAAGGAAGGUGAUUUCGAAGGACUUCAAAAUCUGGACUCACUCAUUUUGGCCCACAACCAGCUCACGGAAGUGCCGCCCCGUGUCUUCAGCCAUCUGAUUCUGCUAAACUCGCUGGAGCUGGAGGGAAACUCGAUAUCCUACGUCGAUAAGGAUGCCUUCGAGGGCUUGGAAGAAAAUCUCCAGUACCUGCGACUCGGCGAUAAUAAUUUGCAUCGGAUUCCGAGCGACGCCCUCCGACCGCUACAUCGGCUACGGCAUCUGGAUUUGCGUUCGAACAACAUCACCACCAUCAGCGAGGACGCUUUCGUAGGAUUCGGUGAUUCUAUUACCUUCCUGAAUUUACAGAAGAAUGACAUCAAACAGCUGCCGGCACUGCUGUUCGAGAACCUGAACUCGCUGGAGAUGCUCAGUAUUCAAAACAACAAACUAUCCCGCAUCCCGGAGGAGGUUAUGGAACCAAUCAUGGAUUCACUGCGUGUAGUCGACAUUAUGGACAAUCCGCUGAUUUGCGCUUGCGAGCUGGUGUGGUUCCCGAAUCUGCUUAGAGACUUAAAGAACCGCGACGACGAAAUGACCCAGAAGAAGCGUCCGAUGUGCACCAUGGCCAACGAGCACCGGGAGUACUACGUGCAGAAUAUGCCCCUGGAGCGAAUGAACUGCGUCGGCAAGAAGUAUCAUACUUCCUCGCUCAGUGGCAGUGGCGCUACCGAGAUGGCGGCCCGCGGUCUGGCGGCACUGGUGGCGGCCACCGGGUUCGUGAUUGGUGUUUGCCAAGUCUAUUACUAA